AUGUCUGUUCCCGCCGGUUCCAACGAUAUCGUCCCUCCUCGUUAUUCGCCUGGCCGUCCGCCCCCAUACGUCCGGGUCUACUUCCCCGAAUGUCCCAAGCUUUGGCAGAAUCGGGUCGACAACCGACCUUGUCUCCUCUGGGAACCGACCGGCAGCGCUCAGUCGAGGUUAAUUUGGAACGAAGACCUGCCCACCCUACAGUUCCCUCCUGGGUACCACGUCCACAACCUCCCUCUACCGGUAUUCAUGUCCGCGGCGGAGAGGCCGUUCUCGUACCCGCUCGUAGAAUAUUGUGACAAGCCGUACACUCAAUGGUUGUGUCAUGAGAUCAUCUUGAUGGCCAUGGAAGAUGCGCGGGAAUACAUCGCCACUGCUCCUUCGCAUGAGGUGCUUCGUUGGGAGGAUAUGCGAGAGGUGUUUGCGUUCGGCCAGGGGCUCUGGCAUCAGAUGCAGAAGAGUCGUUUCUGCAAAGAACACACCCCGAUCUCGUGGGGCCCAGUCGCUGCGGCCUUAUAUAAUAUUCACAUCCUCCGGCCCCGACUUCGACGAAUCGGUUAUUCGGUGCAGGAGACGGAUGCCCGCGUUCCCGUCGUCCGUGAUAUGUCGGUAUGGACUGUUUACAUGCACGAGGUGGAGGUCGCCCGGACUAGGUGUACCUGCCUUCACAACGGCAGGAUGGGCCACAUCAGCUAG